GAAGUACCGCCUGAAUGUGACGUCAAAUGCCGGUGCCUCUAAAAUGAUGUGACCUUCCUUGACGCCCGCAGAAGGACCAUUCUACAGGCCAUCGGUAGCUGAUAAAGCGGUGUUAUUGAAAUAAUAUUCUAUAUUAUUACACACAUUCAUCAAAGGUAAUACACGUGGCUCGUUCUGUUUUAUUAUUUUAUACUUGUUUAUUUUUAAACCUUACGAGCGCCCGUAUAGUUUUAGGUGGUAUUCGACUAAAAUCAUACUGCUACACGGAAGCCGGUACGGUAGGCUACAACGUUACUGUGUCCUUUAGGUGAAGAAUACCGACUGCUUUGGAUUGAGUAAACCGAAACGGUUACUAUGGGGGACAUUGCAAAGGGAAAGAAGGCCUUCGUUCAGAAAUGUGCCCAGUGCCACACUGUUGAAGAAGGUGGAAAGCACAAAGUGGGUCCAAACCUUUGGGGUCUGUUUGGACGUAAGACUGGUCAGGCACCAGGCUUUUCUUACACUGAUGCCAACAAAAGCAAAGGCAUUACUUGGAGUGAAGACACCCUUAUGGAGUACUUGGAAAACCCCAAGAAAUAUAUUCCAGGAACAAAGAUGAUCUUUGCAGGCAUCAAGAAAAAGGGAGAGCGCCAAGACCUUAUUGCAUAUUUGAAAUCUGCAACAUCAUAAAACAUUUGAAGAAACAUUUUAAAGUUAAAUGUUUUUAGUCUGUUUGCAUUUUUCAUCUGUGCUUUAAUGGCUUGAUAUCUUUAAGGACUAUUUCAUGGUGUACAAAUAGAUGUGGUAAAGCAAAGUAAUCCUUCUUGAAUAAAAACAAUACAAAUGUCAUGGCAAUGUCACUCGCCUGUCCCUAUGUGGGUGAAACAGCAUCAGUAUCCUUAUUUCCCCUAUGAAAAGUAACGUACACAAAGGCUGUUGUGCUGUUUUUGGUAAAAAACUGAAUAACAUUUGUUCCUUUCCCUAACAGUCUGAAUUAAAUUGAACAUCUUACCAAAUCUAGGCCUGAACCAUCUUAAUUAUAAACACAAUUCUAUAGAACAGCAGUCACUUCAACCUUGGUUGAACAGCCAGUGGUUAUUGAAGGUCACUAUUUUUUUUUCCUAUGCUGUGUAUGUAUCCCGUGAUCUCAGAGGUGAUAUUGAAAUGUAAGUUAUUUUACUGUAUUGAAAGUUCUUAGUAUGCCAGAAGGCAGAUUUAUUUGGCCAGUGUAUCAAAAAUGCAUUGGGAAUUUUAUUAGGUAAGUGUACCAAAGUACAAGUGCUACUACAUCUUCCCAAUGGCCUUUGCUGGACCGAUAUAUGGGUAAAGGAAUUGAUGAAUAAACUGCUGUCAUCUGAA